AUGGCGCGCCCGGCACCGCUCCCCCGCCUCGCCCUCGCCCUCGGCGUGGCCUCGGCCAGCGCGGCGCUUGACGAGGGCCCGCCGGCGCGGCGGCUGCGCGGCGGCGCGGCGGCCAACUGCAGUGGCGCCGCUCGGGGCCAGGCCGCCUGCGAGGAGGACGAUGGUGUCUCGGGCCGAUGCCUCGCGAGCGGCCUGCCGUGCGGCUACAACGGCAACCCGUGGUGCGCGGCGGACGCUUUGGACAAGUGCUGCUGCGACUACGGCCACUGCGCGCCGCAGCUCGGGAACGCGGCGGGCAUCAUCCAGAUGCAGUGCUACCCCGCUGGCAAGUGCAUCUCCCCCGCGGAGGACCCGUCCCAGGCCCUGUGCGGCGCGGGCGGCCAGCAGCAGAUCCCGUGCUGCGGCGACGCCGUCUGCCGGCCCAUCGCGGGCGGCGAGGGGCAUCGUCGGGGGAGGCCAGCUGCCCACCUCGCCCGUCGUGGCUGGGCCGAGCCUGGGCCCGAGGUCCGUGCACGUGCCUCCCUGGCCAGGCCAGGAGGAUGCGCGACGCGCCCAUCCUGGGCCCGGGUGGAGUCACGGCUGGGCUCGGCGAGGUGGAUCGGUGGCGUCCCUCAUCGUACGUCCGGUGGCGUCCCAUUGAUGGCGUGCGCGAGGCCGCCGAGCACGAGCAAGGGACCCGGCACGAGCUCGGGCACGCCGUCGACGUCCAGGAGCACGUGCGUGGACUGGAACAUGCCCUGCGACUACUACAGCCAGUGCUGCGACGGCUACCAGUGCACGUGGGCCAACACGGACCCGAAGCCAUCCACGAUCUGCCUCUCGCCCGGAGGCGACCAGCACGGGCCCGAGGGCUCCUGCGCCGCCUGGAACGAGCCCUGCGACUACUACAACGAGUGCUGCAGCACCUACACCUGCACGUGGGCGAACACGGAGCCGGAGCCGUCCACGAUCUGCCUGUGA